AUGAGACUUAUCACCUUAGGAUUCAUCUUCCUGUCGACCUCUUUCCACUACUCUCACGUGUUUGCCCUUAAUGUCAACCGAAAUUUGAACGCUAAGCCCACGAGUCAUAAGUCAAACAAAAAUGAUAAGGCAAACGGAUCGGACAACAUAGGGAACAAGGGCAACUCUCACCAUGCAGCCACCGGAGCGACAGGCGUAACAAAUGGCAAUUCGAAUGGCAAACAGGGUACAGCGACCACCCCUGCUACGGGGGGACACGCAUCCCCAGGUGCACCUGGAGAAGGGAUGACCCCAGGAAUGAACCCCAGUUUCGAGGAAAUGAUGAAACCACUGAACGAAAUAUUUGCAGGAAAUGGAGAAGGAUUAAACAUAGAAAAUAUUAUGAACAGUGAAUCGUUUCAGAAUUUUUUUAAUUCACUCAUGGGAGGUAAUCCACAAGAUGGUUCCAACAAUGGACAGGAAAAUUUAUUUAAAGAUAUGAUGAGCGCGAUUAAUUCACAGUUAGCAGGUGCCAACGGCGGAGCUGAUGGUGCGAACCCCAACAAUGGUAGCAACGGACCAAACAUCCCUGUGACCCCAGAACAGCUGAACAAAAUAAACGAAUUGAAGGAUAAGCUAGAGAAUGUCCUAAAAAAAUCAGGCAUAGAUGUAGAGCAGCUGAAGAAAAGCAUGGAAAAUGAAAACUUCAUGCAAAAUAAAGAUGCCUUUAAAGACUUGUUGGCCAAUUUACCCAUGAACCCAGCUAUGAUGCAAAACAUGAUGGGAGGAAAGGAUGGAAAUAUGUUUAACAUGGAUCCCAACCAAAUGAUGGAUAUGUUCAACCAGUUCAGUCAGGGUAAUAUGAAUAUGAAGGACUUUGGAAUGGGUGACUUCAUGAACAACGGAAUGGUUGGUGGUGGGUUCAUGCCCCCUCCAACAGGAUCUCACGACCAGGAUGCUGAUGAUGACCUUAUGGAUGGAAAGGCUUACGUAUCUAACUCCAACAAUAACGACAUAAACUUUGAAGACAAAUUGAACGCAUUUGAGGAUACCAACGGAAAUGAUGAAAGAAUGUUCGACCUCUAUGAAACGAAUGAUGAAGAUGGGGUUACAAAUAGCGGCAUGAGCGACUCCGCAGAGGAAGAUGACACAUUGGAUGUGAAUUCAACCAAUGUGAACAGGAAUCUAUCCGAUGGAGAUUCCACGGAAGAAGAUCCAAAUGAAGUAGAUGCAACCCCCACUUCUAAUUCCAGCGCUACUGUAUCAAAUGAAAGCGCGAACGAGGUAGAAUCGAAUGAGGAAGAAUUAAUCACGUCCUCUGGAGUUAAGGGAGAUGCAAAUAAAGUAGCAGCCACGAAUGGAUAUAAGAAUAAUAAUGGCUUCUUCGACAUGAACAAUUUGAACAAAGACUCCAAUUCCUCCAUCUAUGGAAAUGAAAACACAGGGGGUAAUUCAAAUGGAGGAAACACCAAUGAAGGAAAUAACAACACAGUGAUGAACAAACGUACUGGAGGAAAGAAAAAAAAAACUGUGAAGAAAAAGAACCCAGGACAAAUUCCAUUCAAAAUAGAAUCCUUGCAAAAAUUAGUAAAAGAAUUUGCCAACACUUCCAACCAGAAAAUUAUGGAAGACAUUGUAAAAAAAUACGUCUCCAUGAGUAACCAAAGUAAUGCAAGCAACAGCGAUGAUGAGGACGAUGAUGACGAUGUGGAAGAUGAAAAAAGCGGUAAGGGAAAAAGUUCCGAAAACGAGGAAGAACUGAGCAUGGACGAGUUCAGCGUUAAAGACAUUAAGAAGCUAAUCUCCGAAGGUAUUUUAACAUAUGAAGAUUUAACCGAGGAAGAAUUAAAAAAACUAGCCAAUCCAGAUGAUAUGUUUUAUGAAUUGUCUCCCUACGCAAAUGAGGAGAAGGACCUCUCAUUAAAUGAAACAUCUGGUGUAUCAAAUGAACAACUGAAUGCAUUUUUGAGAAAAAAUGGAUCCUACCAUAUGAGUUACGACUCCAAGGCGAUCGAUUACUUGAAGCAGAAAAAGUCAGAGAAGAAGGAAGAGGAACAGGAGGACGAUAAUUUCUACGAUGCAUAUAAACAGAUUAAGAAUUCUUAUGAAGGCAUCCCUUCCAACUAUUAUCAUGAUGCCCCUCAGCUCAUUGGAGAUAAUUACGUGUUCACAUCUGUGUAUGACAAGAAGAAGGAACUGAUUGAUUUCCUCAAACGUAGCCAUGGCGUUACCGACGAAAGUGAAAGCUCCAGUGGAAAGGACAAAAGCAGUUCCUCCGAAAUGGGUGCAUACAAAUCCAAGUAUUACGAUAAGUAUAUGAAAAAAUUAAGUGAAUACAGAAGAAGGGAAGCAUAUAAAAUUCUGAAAAAAAGAAGAGCGCAGGAGAAGAAAUUACAGAAAAAACAGGAAAUGCAAAAUAAUACCAAUAACGAAGUAGACUAUUCAGAAUAUUUUAAAAAAAAUGGUUUUAUCAACAGUAGCAAUGGAACAGUUAAAACGUUCUCCAAAGACCAACUGGACAACAUGGUGAAGCAGUUUAAUAAUGGUGGAAGCGAUCUCCUCAGUAGUAGCGGUGCUGGUGGGGACUUGGGUGAUGAUUACUCCGGUAUGAACGGAGGUGGUCAGUUCUCACCCUCCAGCGGAAAUGGUAACACCUCAGGUUAUGUGACCUUCGAUGGGCAGAACGUCGUCGGAUCAAAUGACAAUGAGGAGGAAGAUUCCAACGAGGACAUGCUGAACGAGGAUGACGACAACGCAGAGGACGAUGACUGA